AUGGGUGGUGAUCUGAACCUGAAGAAGUCAUGGCACCCCUCCCUCCUGCGCAACCAGGAGCGCGUCUGGUCACAGGAGCAGAAAGCCCUGGAGGAGCGCAAAAAAGUCGAUCAACUCCGCCGCGAACGUGAAGAAGAGCGUCAGAUCCAAGAACUCCAGCGUCUACAAGAAGCCUCCGGCAAACAGAAGCAACACAACCGCGUCGACUGGAUGUACCAAGCACCUUCUAGCGCGACGGGCCACUAUUCCGAAGAGAUGGAAGGAUACCUACUCGGCAAGCGACGAAUCGACGGCAUCCUACUAAAGAAAGAUCCUGAUACCGCGAAACUGGAAAAGGGUGCAGAUUUAGUCGGUGCUAAUGCUGCGCAAGCUGCGGCGCAGGGCCCUUCUAUUGGAUCUGCCAGAGAUACCAUGUCAAAGGUUAUGGCUGAUCCGCUUCUGGAGAUUCGAAAGCGGGAACAGGCAGCUCAAGAGGCUUUGAUGAAGGAGGCUAUUAAGAAGAAGGAGAGAGAAGAGCGGCGGGGAAGCAAGCGGGACGGAGAUCGGGACCGGGAUCGCGAACGCAGACAUCGCGAUCGUGACCAUGACUCAAAGAGAAGACGCUACAGUGAUGAGGGGGACCGGGAGAGAAGUCAUCGCUCAUCGCAUCGGCGUCGGUCUCGAUCUCCCGCUCCCGCGGAUGAUCGAGACCGUCGUGAUGACCGCGACCGGGAACGAUACCACGACUACCGCGAUGAGCGCGACAGAAGAAAUUCAAAGUCAAGCCGUCACGACCACCAAGACCGAGAUAGCAAACGAGACCAAGAACAUGAUCGCGAGCGCGAGCGCAACCGUGACAAUGAUAAAGAGCGUACUCGAUCUCCUCGCCGCUCGUCUCCUCGUCGACGCAGUCCUUCUCCACGCCCUAAUCCACGCCCUAACCAAGAUCGAAGUGACCGUGUCCAUAAUCAAGACAACCGCCGGGACUAUCCUCGACGCGAUUACAACAAUAAUCAGAACCGGCGCGACUCUGGACGGGCGCCUCGCCCAGCACAGCCCAGACCUGACCCUAAGGCGCUAGAAGAGGAGCGAGCACGCAAACUAGCGGAAAUGCAAUCCAACGCAACUGAACUGGAGUCGGAGAGACGUCAGCGCAUUGAUGAUAUCAGUGAAAAGGAGGCAGCAGAGAAGGAAGCCGAUGAUCGGCUACGAUCAGACCGCGGUGCGUUCAUGUCUCAAGUUCACAAGCGUGUGCAAGAAGAUAGCCUCGACGAACGUAUCCGUCGCAGUCGUGGUGGUUUGUCCAAGAUGGAAGACGAAUAA